AUGCUCUUUACCCUCCCAUCCGCCCUUCUCCCAACGCUUCUCCUCCUCUCCAACCCAACAACCGCCUACAAACCCCUAUCAGAUGCCUUCCUUCGCGCAAUCCCCUCCCCAGACGCUGCGAUCGACUACAAGGACGGCCCUCUUCUCGCUCCUCUCCUCAUCCCCCGCGUUCCCGGCACCCCAGGCCAAACCCUCGCCCAGCAACAUUUAGUCUCGUACUUCCAAACCGAGUUACCAGCCUGGAAUAUAUCCUGGCAAAACAGCACAUCCACAACUCCGACAUCGCGGGGUGCAGAGCUGCCUUUUGCGAAUCUAGUCGUAAAGCGCGAACCACCAUGGGUCAGCAAAGGACAAGCCAACCUCCUCACGUUGGUUGCGCACUACGAUAGUAAACUGCAACCUAGCGGCUUUAUCGGUGCGACAGAUAGUGCGGCGCCAUGCGCCAUGUUGAUGCACAUAGCCAAAGUGAUUGAUCCAUACAUCCAGCGCAUGUACGAUGAGAUGUCUGCGUUACAGGAGGGUGGUACGGUGGAUAUGGACAUGGGGAUUCAGAUUCUAUUUCUGGAUGGUGAAGAGGCGUUUGAGAACUGGAGUGAUACUGAUUCGUUGUAUGGAUCGAGAUCCUUAGCACAGGAAUGGGCCUCCACCUCCAACCCCCCUUCUGCAGCUUCGAAGUUCUACCAAAACCGCACUCCACUAUCUCAAAUCUCGCUGUUCAUGCUCCUCGAUCUCCUGGGUAGCGCAUCACCCAUAGUACCAUCCUACUUUCCCACAACGCACUGGGCGUACCGUCACCUCUCGACCAUAGAAUCACGACUCAGAGAUUUGAAACUCCUCGAAUCGCAGCCCAGCUUGCCUUUCCUACCUGAUGUCAAUGGGACUAUCGGGAGUGGUGGUAUCUCUGAUGAUCAUUUGCCGUUUAUGAGCAAGGGUGUAGAGAUAUUGCAUAUUAUCCCAAGCCCUUUCCCCAGGGUGUGGCAUACCAUGGAGGAUGACGGGGAGCAUUUGGACGGAGAGACAGUCAGAGACUGGUGUAAAAUUGUUGGGGCAUUUGUAUUGGAGUGGUUGGAUAUGAUGGAGGUAUGGGAUGAGCCCGGCGAGGGAACAGGUCAGAGAAGGUGGCUAGGAUAG